UCAGUGCGUUUGAAUGAACGUGCGGAGCUGCGAGCCGAGGCUCCGCGGUGCUGAAAGGACAGCUCCUCCGUCCUUCAUCUGCAGAUAUGUUCACCAGGAUGUUGAAACUGAGGCUCCUCAAUGCCAUGGCACCUGCCUACUUCUUCAUGGCUACAGCAGUCACCUUCAUUUUGCACUUCUGCUUCUUCAUCCCAACAAUCUUCCCAAACGCCGACACAUCACUGACGGGGUCUACAACUCUUCACACAGUUGUUUUCCUUUUCUUGAUGUUCAACGCACUGGGAAAUUACAUAAUGACUAUUACAUAUCCUGCUGAGAGUGCCAACGAGAUUGUGGUUCCUGUGUGUUCGGCACACUGCUCGGACAAAGUGGACGCACACUACCUCCUCAACGGUCGCCACUUCUGUAAACUGUGUAAGAAGGUUAUCCUCAAGAGGGAUCACCACUGCUUUUUCACUGGGAACUGCAUUGGCAACAAAAACAUGCGCUACUUCAUCAUGUUCUGCAUCUACACAUCAUGCACUUGUUUGUACUCCUUGGUUCUUGGUGUGGCCUUUCUAACAGUGGAGUACUCCAUCUCCUUUGAGAACCCGCUGACCUUCCUCACUCUUCUCCCCCUCUCCACUGGUUACUUCUUCACAGGAACAGUCUCAGGAUUGCAGUUGUUCCUGGUGCUGAUGCUGUAUGUGUGGCUGGGCAUCGGGCUGGUCUGUGCGGGCUUCUGUUGCCAGCAGGUGCUGCUGGUGGCCCGGGGGCAGACCUGGUGUCAGAUGCAGAGGGGGCAGCUGGUGGAGAACCGCAGCCCCUGGAGAUCCAACCUAAAGGAUGUGUUUGGAACCCGCUGGAUCCUUGGCCUUAUCCUACCUGUGCAGACUGCGGAGACGUGCUCUGAAGACACAGAUCAACAUAAGCAAGACUGAGUGAAAACCGAACGUCAUAUCAAAAGCUCUUAAUAGGUCACAAGUGGCACAAUUUGUAGAAAUGCUUUUUUUGGGAUCCACGUGGUGAAUAUAAAAUGGAUACUUAUGACCUUUAAAGUCGUUUGUGAAAUAGUAAGCUGUUAGCACAAAUUCCCUUAAGGACAGGAGCCAUAUAUUGAUGUGAAUAAGUGCAUAGUGUAAGUGUAUACUUUAAGUAGCUUUCGACAAGGCAAUAUUAAGACUAAUGAGUGGGUCAUUUGGGACUUCCAGUAGUUUUAGAUGGCUUUGCAGGGGCAUGCAUUUACAGCUUUGCAUUUUGAUAUCAUGCUAUUGAUUUCAAUGCCAUGCGCCACGCGGUGCUCUGAGAUUACCAGUCAUGUGUGUUGUUCUUCCACACUUCCUUGUAGAUUAGGAUGCUACAAUGUGCCAUUCAGGAAAAUUACAGUAGUUUUCCCAAUAAUCAUUUUCUUUGACGUUAAGGGCUAGCAGAUAAGGAAACUACAGUAUGUGACUAAAGCAUAAACUGCCGUGCUAGAAACCAUUGUACUGAAAAUAAAACCUCACAUGUUGAGCCUGAAUUCUACUCAGAUGAAUGUAGUAGAACAGUGAAGCUCCUUAUUUAGAAUGAGUAGGGCAAAUGUGAAGAUGACUACCAUAUUAUUAUCCAGGGUAUUAUUCACAAUGUGCCAUAUAUGCUUACAGAUGACCCCAAAGAUGAGGUAUUCACUACACCGCUUACGAUAGGGCCCUCUGUAUAACAAUAUUAAGGACUUUCAACUGUUAUGCUGCUACUACAGCUUGUGACAUAUUCCACAACCUGUCAAAUAUGUUUCGGAUAUUAAUAAAUAUACUUUUUAAAGCUAUUUUGUCUAUUAAUGUUAUAUUAAUAAAGAUAUUCAGAUCA